CUGAAAGAGAAAAAACAAGAUUAAGACAGUACUCACUUUAUUACAAGUUUCUUGAGAGAGUAAGAGUCAGUUGAAGAAAAUGAAAAAUGCUAAUUUUCUGCAAUCGUGCCGUGCUCACUGUGCGUGGUCUUCGAUGGAGAGCCCAUGGCUUGAACAAAGGGAGUGUCAAGAACGAAAAUGUCGUGUAAGACUAAGACGCAAGAAGACAAUUAAGUGACUUUAGGUCUUUCAGACGAGCACGAGGUUCAGUAGAUCAUUCUUAUGUUGAGGACAAGAAUCUCUAUCUUAAUCAAUGGAUGAUUAGGACGUCUAAUAUAGUAAAUGAGUAGUUCAAGAAUCCACAUGUACAUUUUCCCUACCUGUUAACACUAGUGUAUGAGGAUUGGUUUGCAGUUGAUGAGUGUCUUCGUAUAGUUUUUUUAUCACGACGGAGGGAAAAAGAACUAGAAGUUCAACAUCAUCACUAGAGCAUUAGACCAAUUAGAAGGGUCGAUAUUUACAUUUGGUGAGCGUCAAUUGAUACUAGUGUCUCACAAAUAUUGCCUUCGGCACUUCUCUUCUCGGAAAGAAGUAAUUAGAGAUCAACGUCGUAGAACAAAGCGUGACGUGUUGAUUACCAAGGAGCUUGGGUAUGAAAAGAUUUGCUGAAAAUAACGAAUCAACAUAACUACCAAAUACAUCACAUACUUUUCCUCAUCAAACUUCGUCAGGGAAAUCCUAGAAGGCAGGUGGCCGAAUAGAUUCACAUCAUCACACCUCAAACUUCGACGAAAAUCAUUUUCAAGAGAGUUAAUCUUCGCAUAAAAACCAUUCUACCUUAAACUUCGAUUUUAGAAUGCAUGAAAAUUGUUGAGAUGGGCGUCAACAAGGGGUUACAAGAACAACUAGAAAAAACCCGCCCAGGAGCUGAGUUUAGCAGAACUUCUAAGAUACAAGACUCGUUUAUUUGGAAAAUCAAUCUUAGAAGCCAAUCAAACUAAUAUCCUUACCACAAUGAUGUCAACCCCGCAUAAUUACGGAGGAGGUGCAGCAGCUGCUGCAGCAGGACGAGCUGCCACAGGAGGAGAGAGCUAUCUUCAAUCCGCACCUAAAAUGAAUUCGAGUAUUGCAAGAUCUUCAUCUUCAAAGAACCGCGGCAAAAAACCUUUAUCCAGAAUGCAAUCUGACUUUUAUCAGAAUCAAGGCGGAGGAGGAUAGACAACCGUAGUUCUUCGUGGAAGGGAGCGAAACGUCAGAACGAGGUAGACCCAGAAAACUCUAGCGAGGGAAAGCGAAUACCGCAUGCAGAGUACUCUGAACCUCAUUCUCUUCGCAUCAACGUAGACGAUAAAGAGUCUGGUUUUUGGGCAAGAACGGGCGACCAAAGUGAUGAGCAGAAGUUCUUUCGCCUGAUCUGCAGCUCCUAGAUGACGUACGAGUGAAAAUACUCGGAUCUGCUUUCUCUGCACCAGACACCUCUACUUCAUCUUCUCCACCACCUCCAGACUCACGCGGUGAAGUGCGAGUCCUGCUAACAUUGUUGUGAGCGUAGCGUAGGAGGUAUCAAGACGGGCAGCAAGGAGCAGGAGAUCAGAAUCCGUCUAGAAGUUCAUCCUCAUCAGUACAACAACAACAAAAGCAACACUUUGCACCAUCCUCUUCUCCUUUAUCUGGUCCCGCAACUUCUACAACUAGGAGCAAUCUGCUUUUCCUCUUCUUCGACCGCGAGGCGCGGUGUAGAUCGAAAUAGCGUAGUCAUCUUUUACAACCCUGGAGUGGGUACAUUCAGUCAUUCACUCACACAGCGCAUGUCGAAGAAGAUGCUGACGUCCAUCAAGAAAAAGGACGCCAGCGACAUGACAGUCGCAUUGAUAACUCUCGUACAACAGUAAGGGAUGUGGGAAGGCACGAGCAUGACUUUUCUGGUACAACUCAGCAAAACAGAUUCUUCUUGUGCAGAGAGGACCACUACUCAGCAUUCAUUACGUCGCGAUCUUGUGAAGAAAAAUGAGCACAGCUCGCAUGAUGUUGACGAACAUUCGCGUCACCUUGAAUACCUUGUUGAUUUUUUAGAGCGGAAAAGCACUAGCACCGGUCAACGUGUUAUUGUCCGCCCUUCGUCUAGUGCUAGUCACAGGAACUAGUAUCAUGAGGAUGGGGACCAUGACCGGUGGAACCAAAAUAGAAACCAGCACUACCACAACAAUUAUCAUAGUAAUACGAUUGUUGAGGAAGAACACAAACGGUGUCGCGGGAGCUCAUAGCAACGUGCAGCAGAGCGUGGCAAUAUUCGUAACCCUACUUCUGAAAAAGAACGAUCGAGUUCGAGCGGCGGUGAUCACGGUGGCGAUGAUCCUUAUCGAGGUCAGAAUGAACGUUUCCCUGAUCGUACUACGCAGGAGCAUCAAGAAGAGCAUCCAUAGCGACUUUUUCAUUACAAUCAUGAGGGCACCACCAUUUCCGGUUUUUCCGCUAUUUCUACCGCCGGUGCGCCUCGUACAACUCCUAGUUGUACUAGAUCUUUAGAAGUACAUCAACAUCAACGAGUCGUUCCUUCGCCUUUCUUCAAUGAGAAAGACAGAGUGCAGCGACCUAUAAAGAACGCUCCACUUCAUGUGCAAGAGCGCACUGCUGAAGACGAACAUAGCUAUCCCUAUUUGAUUUGAUCAAUUUGUCUGUGCCGCAAUUUAAAGUAAAAGGGUUGAUCAGCAUCAAUUUUUUGUUCAUGUGCGAAGUAGCAUCUACAAGCAUGUACUUAUGUGCGUGUGAUAGGGAAUUGUUGUCCUGUUUAUUAUUGUUGGGAAAUGCUCUUCGUCCUCUUCAGGGCGAGGAGGUGACAAAAAAAGCAAGUGUGAUUGACCCUCUACAGAGUCAUUGAUUUCUAUUGCAGACUCCCACCUCACCACGAAUCUUCAGUUGCAAAGAAAGGGCAGAUACAUCAAAUUUACUUUUCAUAGGCGGAUGAACGAAGUGGC